AUGGCCCUUCAAGCGUCACAGCUCCCCAGCCUUGAACGGCGACAAGGCCACCAGUCGUCCAACCUAAGUGAAGGGACUUUGAUCGAGUACUGGGGUUACGCGGUGCGCGUUUGGCCUUGCACAAAUGAUGCGGGUACCUGUGAAUAUCUCGAGGAGAUCUACGUGGGUCAUCAGCGGGGCAUCCUCUAUGUCGGUGUGAUGACAGCAACUAUUUUUGGCCUGGUUCUGAUGUAUGCCGUGGGAUGGCAUUUCUGCGCACCACGGCGCGCAUUUGAGAUUCCAGUCAAGAGCACUGCAUCGGACAGCGGCAUGCGAAAGCUCGCAAACGCCAUCGCCUCGACGGGCAGAUAUUACUUGCUUCCAGACAGUUGGCGCAUCAUUUUCGGAAGGACCUCACGCCUUCAAGUUCUCGUCCUCGGUAUCCUGUUUGCAUAUAUCUGCAUCUUCUCGUUCGUUGGCAUCGGGUACAAGGAUUGGACGACGCCCCCUUCCAAAACCUACCAGGCGGGUUAUCCGGGUCUAACGCAGAGGAGAAGCUGGUUGGGGCCAUGGUCUGAUAGAAUUGGCACGUUUGCUUUCGCAUUGACUCCUUUCUCCGUCCUGCUUUCAAGCAGAGAGUCAAUUCUCUCUCUCCUGACUGGCAUCCCCUACCAGAGCUUUAACUUCCUUCAUCGUUGGCUGGGCUGGAUCAUCUUGAUCCAGGCAAUUGCUCACACUUUGGGUUGGACCAUCAUUGAAGUUGUCUUCUACCAGCCGCAGCCUGUAGUGGCUACUACGUGGAUUGAACAGCUCUAUAUGGUGUGGGGCUGCGUUGCGAUCCUCUUGAUCUGUAUUAUGGCUAUCCUCGCAAGUCCUUGGGGGAUUAGGGCCACUGGCUAUGAGUUCUUCCGAAAGGCUCACUAUAUCCUAGCGAUGUUCUACCUCGGCGCUUGCUGGGGUCACUGGCACCCGCUAAAGUCAUUCAUCAUCCCAGGUCUUUGCAUCUGGUUUGUUGAUCGUGGUGCUCGGCUGAUUCGAUCUUUCCUGAUCCACUAUUCUUACCUGCCAGAUGGUUCAAUGGGAUUUCAAACAGCAAGUGCGGAGAUGUCUCUGUUUCGCGAUGAGAGCGGCGAUGUGGUUCGGCUAGACUACCAAUGGCCGCAGCACUGGCAGAAGUCGGAGCACCUCUAA